UUAAUAACAUAAAUAUAGAGACGUUCUUUGCCGAGAGUCGUCGGGGUUUCCUGCUUCAACAGUGCUUGGACGGAACUCGGCGCUCGUCCCCCACCCCAGCCGGCCGCCCAUAACCAGCCCUCCCUCACCUCUUCACGGCACCCUCAGACCGCCCCAAGGCCCCCGCCGCCGCCCCAGCGCCACGCAGCCACUGCCACCACCGCCACCUCUCCUUAGUCGCCGCCAUGAGGACCACGUCCACCUCGCAGGUGCGCCAGAACUACCACCAGGACUCAGAGGCUGCCAUCAACCGCCAGAUCAACCUAGAGCUCUGUGCCUCCUACGUUUACCUGUCCAUGUCUUACUACUUUGACCGUGAUGAUGUGGCUUUGAAGAACUUUGCCAAAUACUUUCUUCACCGAUCUCAUGAGGAGAGGGAGCAUGCUGAGAAACUGAUGAAGCUGCAGAACCAACGAGGUGGCCGAAUCUUCCUUCAGGAUAUCAAAAAACCAGACUGUGAUGACUGGGAGAGCGGGCUGAAUGCGAUGGAGUGUGCAUUACAUUUGGAAAAAAAUGUGAAUCAGUCACUACUGGAACUGCACAAAUUGGCCACUGACAAAAAUGACCCCCAUUUGUGUGACUUCAUUGAGACACAUUACCUGAAUGAGCAGGUGAAAGCCAUCAAAGAAUUGGAUGACCAUGUGACCAACUUGCACAAGAUGGGAGCACUCGAAUCUGGCUUGGCAGAAUAUCUCUUUGACAAGCACACCCUGGGAGACAGUGAUAAUGAAAGCUAAGCCUCGGCUAAUUUCCCCAUAGCCGUGGGGUGACUUCCCUGGUCACCAAGGCAGUGCAUGCAUGUUGGGGUUUCCUUUACCUUUUCUAUAAGUUGUACCAAAACAUCCACCUAAGUUCGUUGAUUUGUACCAUUCCUUCAGAUGAAGAAAUUUGGUACCCCCCCCCAAAAAAGUAGUAACAAUAAUAUAAAUAUAUAUAUUAGAUGAAUAGAUAGGAAGCAAUUAACUUAUAUAUAAAGAAUUAUACUUUAAGUUGAAACAAGAUUUAGUAUGUGAUUUACAAAACAAUAGAAGUAAAGUUUCAUUAAACCAUAUGAAAUUGUUAACAUUUGAACAUUUUGACCUAUAAAAAUGGUGAUUUCAUAUGGCUCAAUCAAGUAUUAUAACAGGUUUCAAUAGCAAAAAUGUUUAAGCUCCAGCCAGCGUCCUACUUAUUCCAGUUAAUGUUUAAAACAGAAUUGCCACAAAAGCAUUAUUUCAUCUUUAGGCCUCAAUGAAAGAAGAUAAAAGUACAGAAAAAAAUUUUUUACAUCUAAUCAAAUAUGAUGUAAUAAGUGAUUUUAUUCACUCCAUGGGGUAUGUUAAUAGAAUUUGUUUAGGAGUGAAAAAGAUGGGCUCAGCAUGAUGGCUCACACCUAUAACCUCAGCACUUUGGGAGGCCCAGGUGAGCAGUUUGCUUGAACCCAGCAGUUGGAGACCUGCCUAGGCAACAUGAUGAAACCCUGUCUCUACAAAAAAUACAAAAAUCAGCAAGGUGUGGUGGCACUUGCCUGUAGUCUCAGUGACUUGAGAGGCUGAGGUGGGAGGAUUGCUUGAGCACAGGAGCUUGAGGCUGCAGUGAACUGUGAUUGUACCACUGCACUCUAGCCUGGGCAACAGAGUGAGACCCUGUGUCUCAAAAAAAAAAAAAAAAUCAAA